AGUGUUUCAUAGCAUCAAGUUCGAUGAAGCAUAGAGUCUGCACCAAGAUAAUUUAGCACAAAGUAUUGGAAAUAUGGAUACCAAACGUAGCAAUAUAUUGGAAAUUCCCGAAAUCCAGGUUGCCACAGAAUACGAAAAAGUUCAAAUCACAUCUAACCGUGACUCGCCUUUGGAAUCGUGCAGCGAACGCUUGGUUGAUGUUAACGAACAUAAGAGUAAUAGUCUCGCAGAUGAAACAUCAAGUAUGGAUUUUGAAUUUGUUAGUUCUGAUUUAGACCAUGGCACAGAUUUCACUAUAGAUAAUUCUUCAGUUUUCGGAUUGGCAGAUUCUGUUAUUGUUGGGACACACGAGUGUGAUGAUUUCUUCAGAGAUUCGCCUUGCUUUAAUGGCCCGGGAUGUUCAAGACCGAUUUAUGGCCCUGGUACUGAAGUCGCAUUGUUGUCGGAAACAACAGAGAGAAGAUUGCUUCCCAAUAUUGGACUGAGUCUGCAGAUUAUACCAUUAAAUAAUCUUCACUAUAUUUCAACUGUUCAGACGAAUAAAGGGAUUCAUAUCCUAGCUGUGCCUGGUCGAACAUCUGUGAAGAACUUUGAUGGAAAUAUUCUGCAAAGUCUUUCCGGACCAGAUUCCGUACAGAAGUGUUCCAUCGAAGAAAUCAAAACUACAGAUUCUAUCAUUACGACGCAGUCAGUGUGUGACCAACACAGUUUCAGCCAUUAUAAUAUUCUUAACAAUGACCAUGUUCCGAAGAUUGCAACUGAAAAUAGUUUGAAUUGUAAGUCGUUUACACCAAUCAAAGAACACGUCUUUUUAACAUCUAGUAAAUGCAGAGAACUUACUUCGGUAAAGGAUAUGUGCAAAUCUGUUAUUUCACCAAAUGUUUUUAAGCUCGUAUCUUUAGACGCCCAUUUUGACGCUGAGCAGAAUGAUAAUAACGUCCAAAAUUCAAGUGUUAAUGGUCACGAUAAGAAAAUGAUUUCUUUAUUAAAGUCUGACAAUUUUGAUGAUUUACCUAAAGUUAUAAAGCCGUUUAAAAGGAAAUGUGUUAAAUUAACCAUUCCACUGAAAGGCAUAAAGACACAAGCCCCUAAAAGUUCUGUUGUUACAGCUCGUUUAAAUAAAAAUAAAUCACCAGUGAAUAAAACUAAAUCAAUAAAUAGUGUUCUAUUCAGUCAAGUAUGUUUAUCAUCUGAUGAUGCUGCGCUUUCAAAGCCAUCAACGGAAGUAUCAGAGGAAAUGUUUGAUGAUCUCGGUGCAACAAAAUUUGUUUCUUUCGUUCAAACUUCAUCAGAAGUGAAAGAAAUUCCCAGUAGUGAUUCAUCUUUAGCGUUUGAGUGUAUUAAAAGUCAAGCAGUUUUUGCUGGAAAAGGAAAUUUAAAAAAACAAUUCAAAGCCUCUAUCAAUGAAUAUGAUGUAACAGAUACAGAAUCGUUUAAACGACUUACUUACUCUGACAGGAAUAAAAAAAAUACCGAUUGUAUGAACUCUGUUGACAAAACUGAAACUGUGACGUUAAGUAAUUUAGAUGGAAAGAUUUGUUUGAGAAACACUUAUUUAAACAUACUCGGUACAAGUCAAAUUAUAACUGAAGGAAAACCUCCGUCAACAAAAAAUGCAAAGAGUCUAAAUGUAGGACCAAAUUAUGGAGCUGAAACUGAUGCCGUUAAUCAAGAGAUUGUGAAAGGAAGCAAUGAAUGUCUGAUUUGCAACAUAUCCUUCAAGACUAAAGGAAACUUAACUCGUCACCAACUGCUCCACUCGCAAUCCGGGAAAACAUCCCGGUUCACAUGUUCAGUUUGUAACAAAGGGUUUCUACAGCGUUGCGACCUGAAAAGACACACGUUAACACACAAGGACGGUCAUCCACAUCGUUGCAAUACCUGCAAGAAAGGAUUUUUGCGGAGAAGUGACCUUGUUCUACAUGAACAGUACCAUCUGGGGUCGCGGUCUCAUUCCUGUCGUUUAUGCUCGAAAUCUUACAUAAAACAAGGCGACCUUUCCCGCCAUGUAAGACAGUCCCAUGCCACGGUUUGCCAAUACCGCUGCUCUUCUUGUUCGAUGGGCUUCUCUUCGCAAAUGUCCCUGUAUGCGCACACAAGGAUAAAGCAUUCACAGCCUCAUGAUGAUCAAUGAAUAAAACGCAAUAUGCAGUUGCAUUUAGUCCUUGAAAAGAAUGCGGAGCGACUUUGUAAUAUUGAACACGUCAUAUAUAUUUAUUUAUAUUUUAUUAUAGUCUCAUCAAUAUACACAGUAUAACAUUACAUACAUAUCACAAAUUAAAAAACAGUUCAUUUACAAUCUAAAAGAUUUACAAGAGACUUAAAUAACAUGACAUACUCAUUAAUCUCAACAAUGCAUAGUGAUCCAUAGGUUUCACUUUAUAUACAGAUCAUACAGGUAAAAUCUUAAGUACAAUGUAUCCUUGUUUAUCGUGUAUGUGAUUGCACAUUCAGAAGCAACGGGAAACGAACAUGUCAUGCAAACACGUUAUUGUAUAGGAAACUUGUAUUUUAAUGACAGCCGCGUAUUUUUUCAAUCUCUUCUUCUUUAAAAGUGUUUUAUACAGAAGUAAUUUACGUCUAUAAAUUGUAUAUACAUAAACAAGAGCAAUUUUAACGAAAUUCAAACUUAAAGACGUACACACAUUAAUAAUAACGUAUUUGUUUACACCAACGCGAAAAACGUUCGUAUUGGCGUUAAAUGGUAUUUACAGUAUUGCGAUUAAGUUCACAAAAUGCUGAUACAAUUUCAGGUUAAUACAAAUAAUACAAGGCAAUCUUAUAGGCACAAGUCUUUGCUGAAAUUAGCAUGUCCACGUAUAAAACCUGCUUCAUGCCCGACCAUGUAAUUUAAAACAUUUAUUUGCAUGAUCAUUUUGCAUUCUCCGGGCUUUGUUGAAGUGGGUUGGCGUGACGACUGCUAAUAUAAAAUCGAUAAAUAAUUGGGUCGUGCUCUGUGAAAAAGGGAUCGAAUGCAUGUGCGUUAACUGUCGCCCCAGUUUAACCUGUGCAAUCAAGGACGACACUUUCCGCUUUUUUAUAUCUUAAUUUUGAAGAAAGUGUCUUCUUAUCAAAUAUCCACUUUAUGCAGAAAGUGUCGUCCCUGAUAAGCCUGUUCGGACUGCACAGGAUAAUCUGGGACGACUUUGAACACACAUGCAUUAAACCCCCUUUUAACAUAACGCGGCGCAAUUAUAUUUUAUUUAAAUGUAUCGCGACCAAGUUAUGUAAAUCGUGAUUAUUAAAGAACCUGGAGCCAUAUUCACCAAACACUCCUUAGCCUUUUGUCUUAACAUAUAAUCUUUACAUAGGAAAAAUCCAAGAAUUUGCUUAAAUGUUUAGUCAAACCUGGCAUUAAUCACCUCUAUCUACAUUAUUCUUUAUGUAGAAUAUUUUGGUUGACAAACUCGCUAGUAGUAGCCUGUAUAUAUGUACAAUGUAUAUUCUAAUAUUUCUCAUAUAUUUCUUGGUUUUUAGUUUUUUCUUUAUUCUUAAUUCUAAGAAUGGGUUGGUGAACACAGACACGUAGUGAUGUAUAAUUAAGACAUUUAUCUCAUCAAAUUGCACAAUUGUGCAUCUUGCUUGCAAUAUUUUAUACCAUUCCCCCAUGCGCAUUGUGUAACACGUAUUAUCACAUAUUGCAUGGCUUUGACGGAUGCAUUCUACGAUAUGCUGAAUUGCGUAAUGGUUGUUUUUCUUCUUCAAUCGGGAUUUUAUACAUCUUUAAAUACAGAUAACAAUCAUUUAUAAGCUUUUAGCGUCUAGUUUAAACGUUGCGUGCAUCUUAUGGUUACAAAUACCCGAUUAAUACCGUUUUUGCAUUUGCUAAAUAUUUUAUGUGAUUUGUUAUGUGUUCAUGUAUUGGUUGUUAAGAACAAGUAAAACAUCUCCAUCGCAUAAUCGUUCAUAAAAGUUCCAUAUUUUAUUGAUACAAUUUAAAGAUCCAUUUAUGGCACUUAUCUGACAUUUGAAGAUUAUAAUUUUGAGAUAUGAUUUAAACGGCAGGAUAAUCUUUAUGAACAAUCGUUAAUGCAUGACAAGAACAUUUGAGUGACUGCCAGUGUGAGAAAGUAGCGUGUUUCUAAGUUAUAACUUCCGACACUCAUUUUAUUCAUGAUUGUGUUGCAUCUAAAACAUAUGAUACGAUACUCUCUUACGUAUGUGUGCAUAUCUGUAUGGUGUAUAGUGUCUUUCAUUUUUAUACGCCCGUAUAAAAUACGGGACGUAUUAUGUGAAACCCC